GCGUAACCUUUCCCUUUCUCCUGACCACCACAACUCUUCCCUGCCCGAACACCCACCCUUUCAUGCGCUGCAACGAUAGAACAUGUCGAACAAAAGGGGGCGAUCGCCCUCCCUUCCCCCUGCAGAAGACAUCUUCCGCUCCAGCACUAUUGAGGAGCAGAAGUCCAUUUUCACAGCCGCCUUCUCCGCCACCCUAUCCGCAACAGCACUUCAACGCCUGCCGGAGUUCAAAUCAGCAACGCACCGCAUAGCAGCAUGGAGGAAGCCGUCUCGGCAGAAGAGCUUGAUGCCGGAAUCCAAGGUCCUCUAUGAUGUUGGUUUCGACGAUGAUGGGGAGAAGUGGGCUGGCACAAGGCUGAAGCACGUGCUCGAAGACACGAACGUUGCGGGUGCUGUUGUAGUGGCGCGAUGGUAUGGAGGCCAGAAUAUUGGGCCAAUUCGAUUCACGCACAUAGAAAGUGUGGCGAAGGAGGCGAUCUGGAAUUUCAAAGUUGCAGAUGCGGAGGCUAAGAAGGAGCUAGAGGCGAAAAAGCAGAAGAUGGAUGAAGAGGCAGCUCGCAAAGAACUGGAAGAGAAUCUCCGGGAACGGGAUUUGAAUAUUUUUGUGUUGAGGGGCCUGCUAGCGGAAAAGAAUGCGAAGUUGAAUGGGGGAGAGAGGGUCCCGCCGACACCACAGAAGGCGCCGCCGGAUUAUGGGAAGAUGAGUCUGGAGGCGUUGAAGAGGGUGGAUAAGGCAAGGGACGCGACGAUAGCGUUUAUUUUGAAGGAGAUUGACAAAGUCGAUGAACAGUUGAAGAUGGUGGAGGCGCUUGAUGAGGUGGACGAAGCGGAUUGGAAAGAUCUGGAAGAGAAAAGCGCAGCUGGUGAUGCACCUCCCAAAGAAGAUGAGAAGAACACGUGAACUUUCGACGAACGGUUUCUGGGCAAGAUUGCGCCUUCGAACUGCCUUGAUUCACCUGGACAGGACCCUGCUACAGCAGCUGAUCAACCAUGACGUACAGUCAAAGGCGGAACAUUCCUUUCACGGUGGGCUAACACAAGCACUCGAGGAAGACCGUUGGUUGGCUUUAGAUCAAUGUAUCCAGGACGAGCCACUCCGUCGCCAGA